AUAUGUGGAAGCACCUUCGUAUUCAUAAAGGGGAGUUGCCCUACGGCUGCCAUGUUUGUGGCAAGUCCUACUCGGACCCCUCCAACCUCGCCAAACACCAGAUGCAUCACACGGGGGAGCGCCGUCACCAGUGUUCCAAGUGCCCCAAGGCCUUCUACUUGAAGAGCAAGCUGGAGAUUCACUUGCGACACCACCAGGGCAUCCGCCCUUUCGCCUGCUUGGAUUGCAAGAAGAGCUUCUUCAGCCAGGCCGAACUCGUGAAACACAUUAAGGAUCACGUCUUGGGCCGCCAACUGCCUCGGGUCCAGUGCAAAGUUUGCAAGAAGUCCUUCGGCAGCAACAGCAGCCUGCGCCGGCACCCGUGUCUCCAUGUGUGCGAUGUCUGUGGCAAGACUUUUGCUCUGAAGGCCGCAUACAAAUUCCACAAGAAAUUCCAUAAGAAAUUGCACACGGGCUCUUGCGAACGCUGUGGGGUCUCCGGGUUUCAUUUCUGCCAAGCCCAAGAGAGGCCCGUGCCGCCAACUCUGCUAUCAACCCAGGUGGAAGCUAGGCCUCAAGACCUGACCUCUAGUACAACUCAGAACAGGCCUUCGCCCUCGGACUCGGUUCUUCUGCUCCCUCCUCUGGCAACCUGCAGGCCUCCUCCUCCACCUACAGUGAUAGGGCCCGUCUCUUCCCAGGGAGCUGUCCUUUCGAACAGGGCCCCACUUCCAGCUGGGAGCCCCAUCCAACCAGCUACCUGGCCCUCGGGCAAUGCUUCCGCCAGGCCUCCAGCUCUGGUGUCUGCCCAGCCCUUUCCCCAAGCUUCAGAGGCGUCUCCUCUUUCGUCAGCUGCUAAACAUAUUCCCAUCUCACUGGUGAAUUUAUCUCUGGAGCCGCUGUCUGUCACAAUCCCCCUGGAUUAUCUGGGGAAGGCGCCAUGGUCUGAGAUGAACCCAUCCAAUGGGGCCCCAAAGAAAAACAUUAUACUUCUUGACCCAGCAACCCUGCCCCCGGGCACCAAGGUCACCAUACAGAUCCCUGGUCAGAAGAUUGUGCCCUUGCCAACACCCCAGACAUGCCCACUCUGCCAGACCAAGUAUUUUGGGAAGCACCAUUGCAAGGUGUCACACCAAGAUCCAGCAAGAAGGGGUGAAGAACAGCCCAGUGUGUCCAGGCAGGAGGCUGAAGGGAAGAAUACAGUGGGCCCCCAGCAACCGUCCCCAGCUACUCUGCCUCACCUGUAUGCCCAGGAUGCGGAGGAAUUGCUGACCAGGUCCUACAACCGAGAGGCCCAUUCCCAGGUGACGUACACCGAGCAAAGGGACGGGAGCAACACGGGAGAGGACUCGGAGGACGACUGGCAAAGGGAAGAGUCAGGAGAUUCAGAAGAUUCAGAAGAUGAUGAGGCAGCCCCUGCUGCCUGUGCAAAGAGGCAACGCCUGUUCGCGCCCUCGGCAGCCAAGCGGCGCAAGGGCCGCUAUAUGUGCACCAUCUGCAGCAAGCGUUUUGUCUACCAGCGGUCCCUGAAGCAACACAUGCGCAUGCACCAGGCCUUUUCCUGCAACUGGUGCAAUGCAUCCUUCCUCCAGAGCGAGCAUCUGAAGUGGCACAUGGUCAGCCAUGCAAAGGCAGCCACCACAUGAGAGAGAGAGCAAAGCAGGCAAGCUACUUUUUCUUGAAAGAGUCCUGCACAGGCUGUGCCAACGGUUCCCCUUGGUGUAAUCCCAGCAAGGACAUGUGGGGUGCCUUCCCACCAUUUUGAAAACCCACUGUGAGUCAGUAGUUGGACUUUAAAAAGGUAUGGGAGAGUAUCUUAGGCUCCAUCCGCACUAUACAUUUAAAGCAGUGUCAUACCACUUUAAACUGUCGCGGCUUCCCCCAAAGAAUCUUGGGAACUGUAGUUUGUGAAGGAUGCCGAGAGUUGUUGGGAGACAGCCGUAUUCCCUUCACGGAGCUACAAUUCCCAGAGUUCCCUGGGAAGAGUCUGCGUCUGUGCUGGAAUUGCUUUUUAAAGAUGUUUCAUUUUUAAGAUGUUUUAAGAGUUUUGUCCCUUGUUUGCCACACUGAGCUCCUUCAGAGAGGAAGGGCAGGAUAGAAAUUUAAUAAAUAAUAAUAAUAGUAGUACUUAAACAAGCCUGGAAAUUGUUUCAGACAAUAGCAACAACUCCUAACAACUCUCAGCACCCUUAACAAUCGACCGUUCCCAGGAUGCUUUGAGGAAAACCACAACAGUAGUGCAGAUGGGGCCCAGCUGGGGUGCAUCCCAUGACUGAUUAUGCUCAAGGCGAUUGAAGGAUUGGCAUGUUGUCACCCAACCAAGUUUAUUUGUCUAGAAAUUGUAUUUCCCAUCCUCUCCUCCCCCAAACCUCUUUUAAUUUGCUGUACUUGCCUGCCAGUGCAACCCACUGGAUUUCAUGAGGAUUACCGCCCUGUAGGGUUGGGGGACGCAUUUAGUUUGGUCCGUGUUUAAGGCCGAGUUUAUGAAAGGGGCCUUUUUUGAAACUAUGAGAACUGAAACACAGCUGUCCUUUGAAAGAAUGUGCCAAUGCUGUUCUCCAGUCAAGGUCCACAAAUAUACAAAUGUCAGAAGUGUGCAUAAAAAGGAGCAUGUUAAUGAAAAUAACCCUAAAAUACAUUAUAUUAGGGGAAAUUGCCUGCAGAAAUGUGUACAUUAGUCAAAACUGAAGACACAUACCUGUAUAGGAGAAAUUUGCACUAAAAUGCAGGUAUUUUUUCUUAAACCACAAAUCGCCGCAUGAAUGGGGAGAAAUGAAUUUAAGAUUGAAAACUUGAGAAACAACUACAACUGACCCAUCCUUUCAUUGCUUCUUCCCUUUGACAAAAGCCACCUCUGCCCUUUUA